AUGAGCGACGCGGCGGCUCCCCCUACCUUCUCAGGGACGACGCCGACGGAAUCCCGUCCGACGGACAACAGAAUUGCCCUCGUCAUCGGAGUCUCGUCAGCGUUCAUGGCAAUUGCGGUACUCUUCAUGGCUCUCAGGGUAUACAUCAGGGGAUACAUCUUGCGAGCAUGGGGACUGGAUGAUUCAAUGUUUAUCUGGGCUUCUAUUCUUCUCGUUGGGCAAUGUGCCGUGGUACAAUGCAGCGCGAUAUACGGGGCAUUUGGCUCGCAUGUGUGGACGAUGCUGCCCUCAGAAUUGAGGGCAGAAGCCCAGUACCUGAUCGCAAACGUCUUCAUGUAUCAAGUUUCCUUCGCCUUCGCAAAAGCGACCUUUCUGCUCCAAUACCGCCGAGCCUUCGCCCUCCCUAGCAUCAGGCUUUUCUGCGAUGUGUUUUCUGGGAUUCUUUUCGUCAUCGUAACAGCCAUGCUGAUUUACUGUGGGAUCGUCCUGGACCGGUAUACCUCAAACGGGCUUUCACCAAACGGCAAAAAGCCCGAUUUCCUGGUCUUUGGCUACGUCAACGCCGCUGCACAUCUUGUAACGAAUAUCAUCAUCUUCAUACUGCCCAUAGCUCUCGUCCAGAAGAUGCGCCUUGCCCCGAUGCAGAAAGUUGGUCUGAUUGCCAGUUUCGGUGUCGGCAUUUUUACCAGCGCGAUAUCUAUCUUGAGAAUAGUCAGUUUGCCUAUCGGUCUCGACAGCAACGACCCAUCGUACGACGCCGUACCACUGGGCCUCUUGAGCCUCGCCGAACCGACAUCGGCCAUCAUGUGCGCGUGUGCCCCCCUCGUGAGGCCGCUGCUGUCAUGGCCCAGAACGUUGAGAUACGGCAGCCAAAGCCCUCAGAGGCCCUGUUCGGAGGUUGUCGGCGGCUCUAAUAAUACUGGCAGAAUGCAUCUGAGGCACAACUUGCCUCCGCAGUCGCCCGCAAGCCCUACGUCUCCGAAAACGCCUCGGAUGGCUGGUGUAGUCGAUCUUGAGGGCAGCGUCAAUGGGGAUAUUGAAGGCUAUCAUGCGAGCCAGCAGGCAAGAGGGAGCAUUCACGAUAUGGACCCAUUGACCAUGCACCCGUCUACACCUACCGAGAAACGACCGCAAUCAUGA